CCUCACACCGGAAGUUGUAUUGCAACAAACAGCGUUAUCUUUAGCCAUUAUUCACACACAAGUUGACCCGCUGUAAACAUUUGAACAUCAUUCGCUCUAAAUACUACACGUAGACAGUAGUUUGUGCAUGCAGAUACACGCGUGAACCUGCACAGGUGUUUCAUGUCUUUAUUCUCAGCUAACUAACGUCAGCGCGGUCUGUUAGCUCGCUCUGUAAACAGCGGCAGUCAUGCAUUUGCCCCCACGUUUAGCACACUGGUUGUUUUAAUGCUCGUCUCCAGCAGGGUUUGAAGAAAGCAUGAUGUCCAAUGAUCUUGCUGGUGUGUGGGAGGUGGCACUGAGUGAUGGGGUCCACAGGAUAGAGUUUGAACACGGCACGACCACCGGGAAGAGGGUCAUCUACGUGGAUGGGAAGGAGAUCCUGAGACGGGACUGGAUGUUCAAACUUGUGGGGAAGGAGACAUUCAGUGUGGGCAAAUCAGACACCAAAGCAACCAUCAACAUUGAUGCAGUCAGUGGUUUUGCCUAUGAGUACACACUGGAGAUCAACGGCAAGAGCUUGAAGAAGUACAUGGAGAACAGAUCAAAGGUCACCAGCACCUGGGUUCUUAACUUGGACGGCAUCGACUGCAGGGUGGUCCUAGAGAAAGACACCAUGGAUAUUUGGUGCAAUGGACAAAACAUUGAGACUGCGGGGGAGUUUGUGGACGACGGCACAGAAACACAUUUCACCCUCGGAGACCACAACUGCUGCGUGAAGGCUGUGAGCAGCGGGAAGAGACGAGACGGGAUCAUUCACACGCUGCUGGUGGAUGGCACGGAGAUAGCCGAGUGCACAGAGUGACUGCGUUUGUGUGUUAACAUGUGUGUUGAAACAGAGAUCUGGUUUGUGCGUGUGACUCUUGGUAUUUUUUGAAGAGUAGAAGUCAUUUAAAGUUAGUGGAGUCAGGGACAAACUGUGCUCCUAUGUUUGGAUGGCCACACUCUGGAGGGUUUAUUAGCCAAAUAUUGACACUCUAAAUGUUAUCCUGUAGAUAAUAUGUACAAGUUGAAGACAGGACCUGCAGUCAAAGAAGUUUUAGAGAGGAUGCAGCCAUAAAUUUCAGCAGGAAAAAAAGGAUUUACUGUCUUAAAAUCUAACUUCACACUGAAAAAGUUUUUUUAAAGUUGUAAACAGGACCUUUAUAUUCAUAUAAAUACGAUAAAUCUCAGUACUGUUAUCAAUAUUGGAGGCCAGAUGUGCCAUAUUUAUCCAGGCUUUGCCCUCCAGUCGUUAACAUGAGCAGCUGGUGUUCUCGUGGCGAUGUCACAAAUAACCUGGCCCAGUAACCCCUGACUCAACCUGUUCUCCCUGCUCUUCGUGCUGGCUUUCUUAAUUUUUCAGUGUUGGACAAUUACAUAACAUUGUAUGAGAUUAUUUCUUGAAUGUAGCAUCAUUCCAACGUGCACUACUCAGGAAUGAUUCCUGUUUAGUCCUGUGUUGAUGUCUUAAAUGGCCUUUGUGUGGUAGGUUGAUAUUAUCGAUAUAAUAUGUAAUUAGCUUUUUGCAGACUGCUGUUGAUGUGUCAAAACAUCCUUGUCUACAAUUUAAUGGCUGUAAUAAGUUCCUUGACAAUCACUCAGAUGUGACAUUAUUGCCAGUAAUAGGUCGUAUACACAGCUCAAGUGAGUUACCUGCUGAUAUCCUGAUAACCUCAGAGAUGUUGGAAUUCCGAUGUGCUGUAUCAGUCUUGUUUUCUGUGUGAAGGCCAGAUGUCGUGGUUACACCGAAUUUAAGCUAAACAUUUUUUAAAAAAUCAUGGUUACAAAUUAAAGAUUGAAAAUGUCAAAUAUCUCAAAUGUUUGUUUAUAUUUUGCAAAGAGAGAUAUUUACUAUUUAUUGUGCGCUGUGGACGACACAGUGAAAACAUUUAAAACACUUUACAUUCACUAUAUUUAUGUGUUUUGAUGAAUUUGAGGUCCAACCCAGUUUUCAAGGUGAGGAAGUGUCAAGGUCAACUGAGGAAACAUCUGCUGACGACUGCAAAAUGCAGUAGAAAGCUCCAGUAGAAGCUACUAAAUGUACCUUGAUUUAAGAUUUCAUUUUCCUUGUAAACUUUCAUACUUGGUAGACUGUGAUUUCUAACAAUUGUGUCGUUGUAUCAUUAAAAUAUAUUUGUACUG